GGAUCGCCAACAUCGAGUGUAGAGUAGCAACGAAGCACACAAUUUGAAAUCUCACUGAAACCUCUCCGUCUCUGUGGUUCGAUCUAUGGAGUUGGUCCUCUCUGUGUAGAUCGAAGAUGACGAACUAUCUAGCUCAGUUCCAAACGAUCAAGAACGCCUGUGAUCAUCUCGUCAUUGCCGUUGAAGAUGUAAAUGAUUUGUGGCCUACUCUCAAGAGUAGAUUUGAAGAGCGAUUGCCAUUCAAGAAAGGUUUCUUAAAUAACAAGACCAGAAACUCCGUCUUUGUGGAAAAUUUGCAUGCUGAAUUCAUAUUAACAACAGAUGCGAGACUGCGUAGCAGAUAUCCACAGGAGCAAUAUUUAUUUUGGUUUCGAGAGCCAUAUGCAACUGUGGUUCUUGUUACCUGUGAGGAUCUUGAUGAGUUCAAGAAUAUUCUUAAACCCCGCUUGAAAUUAAUUGUUCAAAAUGAUGAGAAGGAAUGGUUUAUUGUAUUUGUAUCUCGAGCUCAUCCAAGCAAUGAUCAAGCCACCAAAAUGGCAAAAAAAGUAUAUUCCAAAAUUGAAGUUGAUUUCAACUCCAGGAGGAGAGAAAGGUGCUGUAAACUAGAUUUACAUGGUACUGAACCAAAGUUCUGGGAAGACUUGGAGUCAAAGAUUAUGGAAUGCAUCAGAAAUACCUUGGAUAGGCGUGUACAAUUUUAUGAGGAUGAGAUACGCAAGCUUAGUGAACAGCGUUUCAUGCCUGUUUGGAACUUUUGUAAUUUUUUCAUUUUGAAGGAAAGCUUGGCUUUCAUGUUUGAGAUGGCUAACCUUCAUGAGGAUGCAUUACGUGAAUAUGAUGAACUGGAAUUGUGCUAUCAGGAAACAGUUAAUGUGACUGGGAAACGUAGAGAGUUUGGAGGACUAGAUCACGGUGAUGAUCAGGCAGCUUUGCUCAACCCUGGAGACAAGCUAUUGACACAAAUUGUUCAAGAUGACUCAUUCAGAGAAUUUGAAUUCAGACAGUAUCUCUUUGCCUGUCAAGCAAAGCUGUUAUUCAAGUUGAAUCGUCCUUUUGAGGUUGCCUCUAGGGGUUAUCCAUUUAUAAUUAACUUCUCCAAGGCCCUAGCAUUACGUGAGAAUAUAUUGCCCUUUUGUAUGCGUGAAGUUUGGGUAAUCACUGCAUGCUUGGCUUUGAUAAAUGAAACCAGUUCUCGUUAUAGAGAUGGACCUGUGGUCCCUGAUACAGAAAAAGAGUUCUGCCGCCUUCAGGGUGAUCUUUACUCUCUAUGUAGGAUAAAGUUCAUGAGGCUCGCAUGUCUAAUUGGAUAUGGAACAGACAUAGAAAAAAGUCCUGUUAACAGUGCUUCUCUGAGCAUGCUACCCUGGCCCAAGCCAGCAGUUUGGCCUUCAGUUCCACCAGAUGCUUCAACUGAGGUGCUUGCAAAAGAAAAGAUGAUUCUUCAAGCAACUCCUAGAAUCAAGCACUUUGGUAUUCAAAGGAAACCUUUGCCUCUUGAACCUGCUGUGCUUGUACGUGAGGCAAAUAGGCGAAGGGCUUCUCUCUCUGGUGGAAAUAUGUAUGAAAUAUUAGAUGGUAGCCCAAAUUUUAAUGAUGGAUCAGGUUCAGAUGCAUCAUCAAAAAUGUCCCCAUCAAAUAAAGUACAACCAACUUCUAUGUCACGCACAAAUUCUUCUCCAGGUUUUGAGGGUUCAAUUGAUCGGCCUAUGAGACUUGCUGAGAUUUAUGUUGCGGCAGAACAUGCGUUGAAGCAUACUAUUUCAAAUCCUGAACUGUGGAAAACUUUAUCAUCCAGGGAGGAGUUAGAGCAAAAGUACCUGGAGCUAACUAAAGGUGCUGCUGAAAAUUAUCAUCAGUCCUGGUGGAAAAGACAUGGGGUUGUUCUUGAUGGUGAAAUUGCAGCUGUAUGCUUCCAGCGGGGUAAUUUUGACCUUGCUGCUAAGUCAUAUGAGAAGGUCUGUGCGCUUUAUGCGGGCGAAGGAUGGCAGGAUUUAUUGGCUGAAGUCUUGCCCAAUUUAGCUGAGUGUCAGAAGAUGCUCAAUGAUCAAGCUGGGUAUCUAUCAUCUUGUGUUAGACUGCUUUCACUAGAUAAAGGCUUAUUCUCAACCAAGGAACGCCAAGCCUUUCAGUCAGAAGUUGUUAGUCUGGCGCAUAGUGAAAUGAAAAACACAGUUCCUCUCGAUGUAUCCUCAUUAAUUACCUUUUCUGGAAAUGCUGGGCCUCCAUUGGAGCUAUGUGAUGGGGAUCCUGGUACUUUAUCUGUAACUCUCUGGAGUGGCUUUCCUGAUGAUAUAACUCUUGAUUCUCUUAGUCUCACUUUGAUGGCUACUUAUAAUGCUGAUGAAGGUGGUAAGGCUUUAAGGAGCUCUAGUGCUACUGUACUGAAGCCUGGCAAGAACACAAUUACCUUUGCUUUGCCACCCCAGAAACCAGGUUCUUAUGUCUUAGGAGUUCUCACUGGACGGAUUGGACACUUGAGUUUUAGAUCUCAUAGUUUCUCCAAAGUUGGGCCAGCAGAUAGUGAUGAUUUCAUGAGCUAUGAGAAACCAACCAGACCUAUCUUGAAGGUUUUCAAUCCAAGACCUCUGGUUGAUCUUGCUGCUGCUGUAUCAUCUGGUUUACUAAUAAAUGAAGCUCAGUGGAUUGGAGUUAUAGCACGGCCAAUCAACUAUUCUUUAAAAGGUGCUGUUUUGCAUAUUGAUACUGGGCCAGGACUACAGACCGAAGAGUCACAUGUCAUUGAGAUGGAGAGUUACAAUAAUGAAUCAGAGAGUUCUGCUGAAAUGGAGAACCACGGUCAUGCUGAUCUAGAUAGUUCUCUGGCUAUGAAUAAAUACUUCAAACAACUAUGUCUCCUUGAUGGUAAAAUAGAUUUUCCUGAUUGGGCUAGUGAUGUUACCUCAAUUCUAUGGAUUCCAGUUCGUGCUACUGAGGACAGGCUAGCUAGAGGAUCUUCUUCAGUGGCCCCCCAGAAACAAAGUAUUGUAGAUGGAAUGAGGACAAUAGCUCUGAGACUUGAAUUUGGAGUAUCACACAACCAGAUAUUUGAGAGAACUAUUGCUUUGCAUUUCACUGAUCCUUUUCAUGUAAGCACGCGGGUUGCAGAUAAAUGCAAUGAUGGUUCAAUGCUUCUGCAGGUAACAUUACACUCUCAAGUGAAGGCCUCAUUGACCAUUUAUGAUGCAUGGCUUGACCUUCAAGAUGGAUUUGUUCAUACUGGACAAGGAGAUGGAAGACCAACUUCUGGCUUCUUUCCGCUUGUCAUCUCUCCAAAUUCUAGAGCAGGACUGUUAUUCAGCAUAGGCUUGGGGAAGACAACUGCUGAAGAUGAAACUGAGGCAAUAAAAUCUGAUAGCAUUUUGAGUAUCAGAUAUGGAAUCUCUGGUGAUAGAAACAGUGGGGCACACCCUCCUGUGGCUAUGAAAUCAAAUGGAAUUGAGAGUGUUGGUGAGGGUUUAAUCUUCAGGAGUGCUCUUGUUUUGCAACGGCCGGUGCUUGACCCAUGCAUUGCUGUUGGGUUCUUGCCUCUACCUUCUGAUUGUCUCAGAGUUGGGCAACUUGUUGCCAUGCAAUGGAGAGUUGAAAGGUUGAAGGAUUUUGAGGAGAAUGAAGUUCCUAAGAACAAUGAUGAGGUAUUAUAUGAAGUUAGUGCAAAUUCUGAGAAUUGGAUGGUUGCGGGGAGAAAGAGAGGACAUGUUUGUCUCUCAACAAAGCAAGGUUCACGGAUAGUUAUUUCAAUACUAUGCUUGCCAUUGGCAGCUGGUUACGUUCGUCCCCCUCAACUCAUGUUGCCAGAUAUUGAUGAGGCAAAUAUAAGUAACAGUCCUGCUGGACCCCACUUGGUUUGCGUUUUGCCUCCUGCUCUCAGCUCCUCCUACUGCAUUCCAGCAUGAUUACUGCUCUUUACUCAGGUUUAUCUUUACCUCGAGUUUUCCACAUGUGGAGUUGGAUAAAGCAUCUUCAAUUGAAACCUUGCUUGAGAUAUAUUUAGGGAUCAAAUUUCAAUUCAAUUUGUAUAUCUGUAUUUUCCCCAAUUGUUUAAAAGAUCAAGAGAAGUAAUUGAGUUAGAUCCGAAUAGGUAGUCCUUUUGAGUGAUGGUAACACCAGCUAUUAUAUAAUGUACAGUAGAAUUUUGUACUGUGUACAACAAACAAUAUAUACUUGCAAAGAUACAAUUUCUCAACUCCAGUUUGUUUUAAUGAAAAAAAUAAAUAAAUUUAAGAAUC